GCACCGCGCCCGUCAAUGGGACCCCACAAGCUGCACAAGUGCCUCCCGCUCGUGAUUUUCCUCCGCAACUGGCUCAAAUAUGCCCUGACGGGCGACGAGGUCAAGAAGAUCUGCAUGCAGCGCUUUGUCAAGAUUGACGGCAAGGUUCGCACCGACGUCACCUACCCGGCGGGCUUCAUGGACGUGAUCAGCAUCGAGAAGACAGGCGAGCACUUCCGCCUGGUGUAUGACCAAGGGGUGCUUUUUACCAUGCACCACAUCAGCCCCGAGGAGGCCAAGGUGAGAAUUGGGGGAUUUGAAUCCUUUUCUUACCGAAAGACUCACCCUUGCUGGCAUCUUAAGAUGGACAACGAGAGGAAGGAAUGAUCAGUGCUCGGAGUG